AUGUUAUGGGGUGGUGGUACAGUUGAAGAAGAAGAAAAGUCUAGGAUUGAUGCUCUUGAGUUUCGUAAGGACAUCAUCAUGGGUGGUACAGAUGCGACUUCCACAGCCCUAGAAUUGGUAAUGACAGAAAUGAUGCAGCAUCCAGAGAUUAUGAAACGAGUACAAGCAGAGCUAGAGCAAGUAGUCGGAAUUAACAACACGGUGGAAGAAUCUCAUUUGUCAGAGCUCCAUUACUUAAAUGCAGUAGUGAAAGAAACAUUUAGGCUACACCCAGCUGCACCCCUUUUACUUCCUCAUUCUCCAAGUUCUUCAUGUGAAAUUGGUGGUUACAUUAUCCCUAAAGGUGUGACAGUAUUAUGCAACGCGUGGUCAAUACAUCGUGGCCCACAAGUUUGGAGCGAUCCAUUGAAGUUUCAUCCCGAAAGAUUUUUAACUGACGAAGAUGUUAUCAAAUUCGACUUCACUGGCAAUAAUCUCAGUUAUCUCCCAUUUGGAUCUGGGAGAAGAAUUUGUCCUGGAAUUCCUUUAGCAAAAACAAUGUUGCUAUAUGUAUUAGGUUCUCUCGUGCACUCAUUCGACUGGCGAUUACCUAAAGAUACAAAGGUCGAUUUUAAGGGAACACUUGGUGUUGCAUUAAAGAAAGCGACUCCCCUUGUUGUUAUUCCUACUCCAGAUCAGUUAAUCCCAAGCUUUACAUGUAAAGCUGCACUCCCGGUGGGUGAUAACAGUAUUGUAGCAAACAACAAGGUAGAGUUCGAAUGGGCUUGCAAACCUAAGCAUCGUGCACAACAGUUAGAAAGCUUUCACACCAUCUUCAAUAGACGGGAAGGUAAUGGAGUAGCGGACAAGAUGGCUAAAAUUGCAAGAACUUCAGGAACAUGUAGUUUUAAUUCGGGCACUGCCCCAGAUUAUGUUUAUGCUUGA